UUUUCCAGUUCCCACUCCAUAUAAGCUGUACAGUGCACGCACACAUUUCUACUUUCCUCCUCGUCGUUUGCACGUGUUCUAUCGGUCCGUUUUUUGUUUUCAAGAAAAGGCAGGAAAAAAGACUAUAUAAGUAUUUUCUGAUUAUCGAGAACCGAGUUCAUAUUUUUCUUGAUUUGUAUUAACGUGAACUAGCAAAAUGGAGAACGGUAACGAAGCGACCAAGACUGAAGAAUCGAACGACGCCAAGUCUGAAGAGGUUAAGUUAGCAGAAACACCGGUGAAACCUGAAGCUGAUAAGCCAGAACCUGAGAAGCCAGAAAGUGAAAAGCCAGAGGCUGAGCAGCCGAAAAAUGGUGAGGAUAAAGAAGUUAAAGAGGAUAAGGAAAACGUCGAAGGUCCAGAAGUCACUCCACAACUUUUAGAAAAGAUCAAGAAACAAGUUGAGUUUUACUUCGGUGAUGUUAACAUGCAAAGGGACAAGUUCCUUAUCGAGCAAACAAAAUUGAGUGAGGGCUGGAUCCCACUGGAGGUGAUGUUGAAGUUCAAAAUGCUGGCUUCAAUGACCCAAGACACACCCACAAUUGUAAAGGCACUAGAGGCAAGCGAACUAAUUGAGACUUCAGAAGACAAGACAAAGAUUCGUCGUUCCCUUGAUCAUCCACUUCCAGUCUACGAUGAAGAAUACCGAAAAGCCCAGGAAGCCAGGACAGUUUAUGCGAAGGGUUUCCCACUCCAGGGUCUGGCCAUGGACCAGUUGAAAACUUUUUUCGAGCCCUUUGAGCCCAUCGAAAACAUUUAUAUGAGGAAGUACGCAGAUAAGGAAAAGAAAAUGCACUUCAAGGGUUCAGUUUUUGUUCAGUUUAAGACUUUAGACGCCGCGAAGAUUUUCAUGGAAAAAGAUUCCGUCAAAUACGAAGAAACUGUACUGAUUCGACGAUGGGCGGCAGAAUAUAACGCGGAAAAGCAAAAAGAACGGGAAGAAAAGAGGCAGAAGAAGGCCGAUCAAAAGGAUAAAAAGAACCCAGAUCAGAAACAGGACAAAUCUGCAACUGAGCCUGAGAAGGAGGAAAAAGAAGCAUUUAGUCUUCCAAAGGGUUCCGUGUUGUACUUUAGUGGAUUAGAAAAUGCAACCAGAGAGGAUAUUCGUGAUGCUUUGACCAAAUUGGACGCUCAGAUUGCCUACGUGGAUUACACGAGAGGAAAUGAAAGUGGCCAUGUUAGACUGGCGAAAGAAAAUGAGGCGAAAACUGUCUUCGAGAAGUUGGAGGAAGGCAAGAUCAAGCUAGGAGAGAAAGAAGUGUCUGUCCGAGUUCUCGAAGGUGAUGAAGAAGCUGAAUAUUUGGCGAGGAUGGAAAGAGAACUCGCUGACCUGCGAAAAGAGCGAAACAAGUCAGGCAACAAGUUCAAAGGAGGAAAGAAAGGAGGCAAGCAAGGAGGUCGAUUCCAAAGAGGACAGAAGAGGAAAGGAGGAGAUGGAGGAUACGAAGGUGGCCGAAAGAGGAGAGCCUGAGGAAGGUGAAGAAACAAAUUGAACGCGAAAAGUUUAUAUUUUGUACCGAUAUCUAGCAUCACUAGUUAUAUUAGUUACUGUAUAUUUUUUUUAUUUCUCUUGACUCAGUUCCAGCCCUACUAGGAAUCAAUAAUUUACAAAUGCCAAUUAUGACGAAAAGAUCUUUUUAGUUUUGUAAUACGUGUGUGACGCUGACUUUAGAGAGAAAUAUCAUGUUGCAGAAUUUGAUUAGAAAGAGGAAAACAUACUUUGUUUUAAGUGUCGGAAGCUGUAGUUAUUAUUUUUUACAGACGGCUGAUCUAAUCUUAUUUUACUCAGGAAAAUUUAUUUCAUUUUCAGAGUUUAAUCACUGAUUUAAUAGCUUCUAGUGUCGCGAGAUGAUAGUUGAGUGAAAUUAUAAAGGACUAGUUAUACAAAAAUAUCUAUAUGUUCUAUGAUACAUUUGAAAUAAUGAAAAUACAUGUUCUAUUUAUACCUGUUUAA